AUGCCUUUACAAUCACCAUCCGUAUUGACAACUUCUUUGAUUGGCUCUCAGGUAGAUGGCGAGAAAGAUAAAGAGCCCGGGAGAGACCCAGCCAGAUGGGGACUACAGACGCCAUUUCAGCGACUACCUUGGAUACACGGAAGAUCACUCUAUAUCGAUGCCGAGGCUUUCAAAGGUCGAGGUGGAGCCUUUGUCACUUAA